AUGGUCGCCUCGGCUCUUGCUCUGUCUCUCAUUGGCCUUGGCGCCGUCCAGGCCUUGCCUGCGGGAAAGACGGUUGAAGAGAGGCAGGGCGGUGUGUGGAUUGGACCUGGAUCAGGCACCUUCAUCCCUGGCAACGGCGAGCUGCCUGCUUGCCUGACCGACAAGCCCCUCAAGGAGCAGCCGCCGUGCCUUCUACCACCCAUCCCGGGCGAGAUCAAGCCCGGCAAGAAGAGGGAAGUCAACAAGCGGCAAUUCGUCAUUGGGGACGGGUCGGGUGUCUUCAUCCCCGGCAGCGGCGAUCUGCCCGUUUGCCUGGUCGACGCGAACGGAAUACCCGUUUACAAUCAGCCACCGUGCCUUCUGCCGCCCAUCCCAGGCGAUAUCAAACCCGGAAAGAAAAGAGAAAAAAACAAACGGCAGUUUACCAUCGGAGAUGGGUCAGGAAUCUUCGUUCCUGGCCAGGGAGAGAUACCCGUCUGCCUCACGGAUGUGCCCCUGAACGAGCAGCCACCCUGCGUCCUGCCACCGAUCGUCGGCGGACUCGAGCCACCCACUCUUCCCCCCAAGCAGAAGCGAGAAUUCGUCCUUCCCCCUGACGCGGCCACGAAUCCCAAGAAGGUCAUUGAACAGCUGGAAGUGGAGCUCAUCCGGCUGCAGAACAAGGCGCACAAGACCAAGCAGGACCGUGAGGACAUUGAGGCGAUCAAGGCUGCCCUGCUCUACCUGGCCGGCAUCACCAAGAUCUCUGCUCCUCCGGGCACCGGGACCGUCUUUACUCCGGGCAAGCGCGGGUUUGUCCUCCCGCCUGAUGCGACAACCAACCCGAAGAAGGUCAUCGAGAAACUGGAGCUGGAUCUCAUCCGACUGCAGAACAAGCCGCACAAGACGAAGCAAGACCUUGAGGAUAUUGAGGCUAUCAAGGCCGCCCUGCUGUACCUUGCCGGCAUCACCAAGAUUACUGCACCGCCGGGAACGGGCUCCACCUUCACGCCGGGCAAGCGUGACACCAUCAGCCUCGACACAGUCGGCACCUACGCCCAGGAGUGCCCCAACCUAGAGGGUGCGCAAAUUGCUCUGCAGAUUCUGAUGCACAAGGACUUCCACACUGCCGAGGAGAAAAUCAUCAUGCUGAAGCUGGCCGCCUUCCUCAAGGGCUGCGGCAUCACCAUCAUCAAGUCGCCGGAUGGUACCUUCACCAUCAUCAAGCCCUCGGAC